AGAUUACCAAAUACUACACAAACUAAUAUCCCUAAUUGAACGUGAUUUAACAUAAAUAUCAAGAUACGAACAUUUUCAAAUUAUUGUAGUAUAAUAAACGAAAUAAAAGCAUGUUAUCACAUGUAAAAUCACAUCACAAUAAAAUUGCUGACAUUCACAUCAUAAGAUCUGUAUUCCAUCUGAAAAUAGUUACAAAACACGAAGACAUCAAUAGAAACACACUAAGAAGUGGGGAGAAGAAGAAGAAAUAAAUUGAAUACAAACUAAUAUCAAAUCCAAUAAAUAUGUGCCUGCUCUAAUUCAAUUGAUCUGCAAUAUUAUUGUGUAAAUCCCAAAGAUAUUGAUUAAGAGGAUAAAUAAAUACUUAUAUUAUA